AUGGUGCCUGAGGGCGCCCCGGGGGCGGGGAGACAGACAGCACAGAGUGAGGGUCUCCGUGCGCGUUCUAGCUCGGGGCCCAGGUGCCCACCAGGUCCCGCUGCCCCGCCCAGAGCCGGCCCAGCCCUUCCCGGCUGCCUGAGGGGCACCACGGCCCAGGCCCUCGCCCCAGAGCCCGGCUCCGGUUCCGCUCCUGGCCCAGAUGGAAGCCGCUCCCAGCCGGUGUCAGUAUCCCAGAAAGCGUGGCCAGGUAGAGGGUUAAGGGGCCAGGACCCUCUUUCCGGGAAAGAGGUGCUCUCGCCUGAAAGCCUACUCUCUCCCGGCGAUGGAGAGAAGCUGGGCGGCCGCCGUGGGGACAGCUGCCGGUUCCUCCGCUCCGUGGUCGGUCCGGCCCCUCGGCCUGGCUCCCUCAGCCCUCCGGUGCCUCUCACCCCAACGCUCCCUAAUCCAAUUUGCAAGUUGGCUGCACGCCGCCCCCGGCCCGGCCCCCACCCCCGCAGCCCCAAUUCCAGACUCCGGAACACGGUCUCCCCUAGCUGCUGCGACCGGGUCUCCCGGAGCCUGCUCUGGGUGGCAAGGACUGAAGAAGCCGGGGCGUGGGGGAGAAGACCCAGAAGCGAACCCUGUUCGUCUCGCUUGCGGGAGCGGGGGCAGCGGUUCCUCAAGGCGGCGGGCGCCGGCGUCUUCAGAGCGCCAUGCGAGCCGCGGAGCGAGUGUGGCAUCUCUACCAGGCGGGGUACCAGCCUCUAUGCCAGGCCAUAUGGGCUUGGCACGUCACGGGCAGCAGCUAUCACAUGA